AUGACCUCCAUCAAAGUUGCCGUUACGCAAGCCGAGCCGGUUUGGCUCGAUCUGGCUGGAUCCGUGAAGAAAGAGAUCGACCUCAUCGCGGAAGCCGCAGGAAAGGGUGCCAGAAUCAUCGCCUUUUCUGAGGUGUGGCUGCCUGGGUACCCUGCCUGGAUAUGGGAUGAUGUCUAUACGCACGAAAUCGCCGUGGUGCUGGGCUUUGCGAAGCGUACGCCCACAAACAGCACGUAUAUUGCCCAGGCCAUCAUCUCGCCGCAGGGCGAGCUUGUCGUGAAGCGGCGCAAGAUCAAGCCGACGUACAUGGAGCGCACGCUCCUUGGCGACGGCUCCGGGGAUGACCUGACGGCUCCGGGGAUGACCUGA